AGGUCUGACUUCCUUGGCUUUCAGUCAGAGCAAAUAGUCCGGCUCCUUUUCCAGGUUUGUGAAGCUCUGCUCUUCCUGCAUUCGCAGGGGUACAUUCACCGCUCCCUCACUUCCCACGCUGUGCAACUCGUCACCCUGGAUCUUGCCAAGAUCUCCAACCUGGAAUAUCUGCUGGAGAGGCCCGAUGGAAUCACCCACAACAACAUGUCAGCAGCAGCUAUCCCUUAUCAGCUUUACAACUGGCUCCCUCCCGAAAUCAUCUGGGGACGUGUCGGCACUGUACGAUCAGACAUCUACAGCUUCUGUACUGUCAUUCAGGAGGCAUUCACAGACACUGUACCCUGGUCUGGACUGGAUGGGCUGAUGGUGAAAGAGAUGCUGCUGUCCGGCCGUUCACUCUCCCUUGACCACCGGGUUCCUACACCCCUUCACAGCAUUGUCCAAAUUGGGACCUGUUUGAGGCAGCGUGAUCGUACCCUUAACCUGCAGGAUAUCCGGUUCACCCUUCGCAAUCAGCUUCAGACCCUGGGGCUGUACGCUGAAGCUGGAGCCAGAUGGACGUUGAGCUGUGAAUUGGAAGUGCCCUGGAUGAGCUCACAGGGAAGGGUUUCUCCCAGGAUUCAGACCAGAUCAAUGGAUGCAGUGGAUGGAUGGAGCCCAGUGAAGAUCUCCUGUCAGUCAGAGGCCUCGCCGGACAGCACUGAGACUGAGGGGAUGUGUUACUAUGAAGUAGAUCACAGCUCCAGCCAGAGUUACUACUCCACAUACAGUCAGUACCAAGGCAGUGAUGCUCGGGUUGGAUCCCCAGCAACAACAGCUCCUCCAGGCUUAGAAACACACACACCUCAUGGGAAGACAGAGAACCGGGCGCAGCUCACACCCAACACAUUGACGGCGCUGGAAGUGGACGUUUUUGGGGAUCAGGGACUGAAGAGAAAGGAUUCCGUUUCCCCGAGGUCAGUGGGAAGCUCAGGCUGUGACUGCAUGGACCGGCAGUCAGAGCGUCGCAGGGAGAGAGUGAGAGUGUACAGCGUGCGCUAUGGCCAGGAGAUUGAGCUUGAAUCUGACAGCAGUCUGCUCCUGGAGUCUGUGAGUGAGUCCAGCCCAGAGCAGCGAGACGCAGAAACCCAACACCUCACAACCACAUCUCCCAGCCUCAGAGAGCAGUGGGCAGUGAAGGCCAGUGAUCUCCCAUCGGUCCCACAUGGUCCCAGUUUGAUGCAGAGACCCCAGUCCCAGCUCCUGCACCAUGCCCGCAGCAUCCAGGAGUCAGCCAGUCUGCUGGAAUGGGCCAACAGCUCCCUCGAACGCAUGGAGAGAAGGUUCAUCAGCAGCAUCCAGACUUUGGAUCAGUUCACAGGCCGCCAAUGGGAGUCAGCGGAACAGGAACGGAAACAGGACCAGAAACCAGAGCAGGAACUGGAGCAGAGUCGGAGAAGCAAAAACCCACAGCUGGACAAAGCUGCAGGUUUGGCCAUUUCUGGGGCUGAAUUUUGUUGUGUGACAUCUGAGCGGCUCCAAGACAUGACCAAUCGCUCGGCUCCUCUGCCAAGGACUGAGGAGCAGCAAACAUUGGACACCACUGAGUUCCCGAGCUGCUCAGGCGCAUAUGCACCCCAGGGCAUAAUUGUUCAGGAUGCUGUUGGGGCUGUUACCGCCUGUGAGCUCCUGGAUCGCCGGGACUCCUCCUCGUCCAAGCAGACAACGUCCAGUCUGGAGUGUAAACUGCUAACCUUCAACCUGAUGCAGGAAAUCAUUGAUGAACUAAGAGUGAAGAGGAAUCCCACAGCGGGAGACAACAUUAAUGUUGUUGGAGGCAAGGAUUCUCACCCCUCCCUGAGCCACACACAUCAGACCCAACGCAGAUGUGCGUCCUGCGGCCGAGAACCCCCACCUCGGCCGGGAGGUGGACGGAAAGCCGCGCUCUCGCUGACCUCGCCGCCGGGUCAGAGGGCAAAGGACAGGUGA